UUUCUUCUCGAGGAAGACCCAGAACCGGACCCAACUUUGCCGGAGAUAAGACUUGUCCCACUAUCAGCUGAAGAAGAAAUGGCAAAGAAAAGCAGAGUUAGGGCCCUCCUGACCGCAACAACCAGGGCCGAAGUAACACCAACUACUGAGGUGCAGCCCGCCGUCGUGGCCCUUCCUUCUCAACGGCCUUCUUCAUCUCGCCCUUCAAAACGCGCCCGAUCUACGUCAGCCGAACAGCAACUUGUUGAUGAAGUCGAAUCCGUCCCCCAAAGUCCUCAUCCUGCCUCUCAACCAGAGCAAACUGACCGAGCUCGAUCUCCGAAGUGGGCUCCUCCUUUGAUCUUCAAUGACCGAAACAUCAAAGCCACUGAUUCGGUCGUUGCUGAAAAAGACCACCAACUGGCCUUUAAUCUGGCCAAAAGUGUGUGCCUCCCCAAGGACAUGGAGCACCACUUGAAGCAACUGAACACCGAAAUGAAAUCAAUUCGGUCUGCUUCCAAGUCCAUGAUCUUGGCCUUGCAAAAGAACAAUAUCACUUAUAGGAAAGUCCAAGAACUCCGCAAGACCACAAGGCAAGCGAUGGCGGAAGCCGAAGCAAAGGCGGCCGAACUAGUGGAAGCCGAAAGGAGAAUGACCGAGCUUCAAGUGGAGAACGGCCGACUUGCCGAUCUGGUUAACUCGGCUGAAGCGGAGAAGCAAAAAGCGGCCAUUGUAAUGAAAGACAAAUAUCUGCGUGAGCUGCUGAAGCUUGAGAAGAGAAAAGACGCCGAAAUAAACGAACUGAAAAAGAACAUGGAGGCGGCCGAAAAGGAGGGGUACAAGCGAGGUUUCAAGGAGGCAGAGGAGGCCUAUGUCAAACAAUGCGACGCCGCCAAGGAGCUUUUCUUCAAGUGCGGCUGGAGGGCGGCUGUGGAGAAGCUCGGUCAUGAUGAACAGACCGAGGUCUUCGACCCUCCAGCGUACUUUAUACCGAAGUCCCUUGCGGCGUAUGCAGACGCCUUGUAACAAGAGUUCCUGGAGGACUCAGACA